UUGUUAUUGAAUUUUAGUCUGGUGUCUGGUUUAGUCCUCAAGCUGUAACUUUGAAUUUUUGAAAACUUUGAAAAAUCAAGGCUUUGAAUCAAAAUUGAGGAGAUGUAACCAAAUCAUAAGCAAGCAGAGAAAAUGAGCGAGGAAAAAUCUGACAGCUCUCCUACCGAGGAGCAACAAAGUCUAGUCGACAAAACUGAGAACGCAUCGGCAGAAGCUGCGGGAACUGACAAAUCUAAGGUUGAAAUUCUUUUGAAAGCAGCCGGAAAUGCGCCGAUAAUGAAGAAAAAGAAAUGGGCUGUUGGCCAGGAUAAGACAAUUGGCUGGAUAAUGGAUUUCAUUCGUCGAUAUUUAAAGUUGGAAGCAGGCGAUAAUCUGUUUCUGUACUUAAAUCAAUCUUUCGCCCCUUGCCCGGACCAAGUGAUUGCAAAUUUGUACGAGUGUUUUGGCUCAGACGGAAAUUUAGUUUUUCAUUAUUCUCUCACCCCAGCUUGGGGUUGAUAAUAUAAAAAAUUUUUGUAUUACUUUCACAUUUCCAUAAAGAGCAAAUAAAACUGGUCGUUACUAAUAAAUAUUGAAUAAGAUGCAAAUUUGCUUGAAUCAA